AUGGCUUCGACUUUGCUGGAUUUCACGAAGACCUUGACAAAUCUCUUGAAUCUAUCGGUCUGCUUAUGCUUCGGGAAAGCAAAAUCCCAAAGGCGCCAAUUCGAUCUGAUCCAGGACAAAGGGAAAGGUAUCAUUCUACUUCUACAUGGUGGACCUGGCGUCGAGAAGACCUCCACGACAGAGACCGUCAUCAAAGUCACACGAGAGCACUUCACCAAGAUCGCCGACGUUUCCAACGAGUUCAACUACUAUCUCUGGCGCACUAAACAUCAACGCAAUGAUGAGGCCAUGAACCGCAGGAAUGAAAACCAUGAUGCGUUCGCGGGAGGGGUCCCGUUCGGCGCCACGCCCAUGGCUCCCAAUGUUGGCGUCCAGCUAUACCAGAGUCCGCAUCAAGCUUCUUCUGGUAUGCUGCAGUUCCACCAACAACAACAGCCUCCGCCACCGGGUAUGCCACAGGGGUCCAGUUCGAUGUCGAUAACAGGAUUCAACGUCCCGCAAGCCCCCAUGCAGGCCCCAACGAUGCCACAGGUCCAGCCAAUUGGCAGACAACCCCAGCCCAGCCCGUUUACCUCCAAGAAAAACUAUUCGGGAUCUCAGGUUCCAGGAACUUCGCAGUUUUCACCACCACAGCCGAGUCCGCAGAUCAUGUGGAGUCAACAGGGGAUGCCGUUGCCUCAGACACAGUCUUUACCACAGCAAGGUCUACAGCAGUUCUAG